UUUGGAGGGAUCUCUCAUGCCUCUCUCUAUAUAUUUCAACGGCAACAUAUGACCUAUCCUCACACACCUCUCUGCUGGUUUCCAGGAUUCUCCUUUCGCUCCCUCUCUUUCUCUCUCUAGAUUGAGAGAGAAAUAAUUUCUCCUUUUUUUUCAUUUACCAACUUUCUCGAGAAACCGAGCUCGGAGAAAAUGACGAAAAAUGUGGGAAUUCUCGCCAUGGACAUCUACUUCCCUCCUACCUGUGUUCAGCAGGAAGCUCUGGAAGUUCAUGAUGGUGCAAGUAAGGGAAAGUACACUAUUGGACUUGGACAAGACUGUAUGGCAUUCUGUUCGGAGGUGGAAGAUGUCAUCUCAAUGAGUUUGACAGUUGUUACCUCCCUCCUCGAGAAAUAUGGGAUUGACCCAAAACAAAUUGGUCGGCUGGAAGUAGGCAGCGAGACUGUGAUAGACAAAAGCAAAUCCAUUAAGACUUUCCUGAUGCAAAUUUUCGAGGAAUGUGGAAAUAAUGACAUCGAAGGUGUUGAUUCAAGUAAUGCAUGCUAUGGGGGAACUGCAGCUUUAUUCAACUGUGUCAACUGGGUGGAGAGUAGUUCAUGGGAUGGACGCUAUGGACUUGUUGUUUGCACAGACAGUGCGGUUUAUGCAGAAGGACCAGCUAGGCCUACUGGAGGAGCAGCUGCUAUUGCUAUGCUAGUAGGGCCUGAUGCUCCUAUUGCAUUUGAAAGCAAAUUGAGGGGAAGUCAUAUGUCACAUGCAUAUGAUUUUUACAAGCCUAAUCUUGCUAGUGAAUAUCCGGUUGUCGAUGGGAAGCUUUCACAGACUUGUUAUCUGAUGGCACUUGAUUCUUGCUAUAAACUUUUGUGUUCCAAGUAUGAGAAAUUGGAGGGCAAGCAAUUUUCCAUUGCUGAUGCUGACUACUUCGUAUUUCACUCUCCAUAUAAUAAGCUUGUACAGAAAAGUUUUGCUCGAUUAGUGUUCAAUGAUGUCGUGAGAAAUGCCAGCUCUGUCGAUGAAGCUGGUAAACAAAAGCUGGAACCUUUUUCAAGUUUAUCCAGUGAUGAGAGCUACCAAAACCGGGAUCUUGAAAAGGCAUCCCAACAAGUUGCAAAGCCACUAUAUGAUGCAAAGGUGCAACCAUCUACUUUGCUACCCAAGCAAGUUGGCAACAUGUACACUGCAUCUCUCUACGCAGCAUUUAUAUCCGUUCUUCACAAUAAACAUAGUGAGUUGAGUGGCAAACGGGUUGUGAUGUUCUCAUAUGGAAGUGGUUUAACUGCAACAAUGUUCUCAUUUCAACUUCGUGAUGGUCAACAUCCCUUUAGCUUGUCAAACAUUGCAACUGUGAUGGAUGUUGCUGGAAAGUUGAAGGCAAGGCAUGAGUUUCCUCCAGAAAAAUUUGUCGAAAUCUUGAAGUUAAUGGAACAUAGGUAUGGGGCCAAGGACUUUGUGACGAGUAAGGACUGUAGCCUUUUACCUCCAGGCACUCACUAUCUUACUGAAGUUGAUUCCAUGUACCGGAGAUUCUACAGCAAGAAGGCUGGGAGCUGCACCUGUGAGAAUGGUUCACUGGCCAAUGGUCACUGAUAACAAACAACAGAUGUAAUGCCAGGAGGUUGGCUGAAAUGUUUUAAUAUGUUGUUGUCUGCAACUAGAGAAAAUCUAUGCUUCCAUAGCUUUGUUUCAUAAAGCAACUAGCUUGUUCCACCUUUAAGUGUUGUCACUUUUAAUUGUCUUCAGUGGAAUUCUUUUUAUCCGUGA